AGCCGUUUGUCUUGCACUGCCUUUUGACUCUAAAAGAAGAGCUUUCCAUUGAAUUGCCCAUGCGCCAUGGCGAUUACUAAAUCAUCGCUGACAUGUAUACUACUAACGGUUCUAUGCAUAUUACGAGCGUGGCAACUUGAUCAAGAUUCGACGGCCGCUUUCAGGCCGACUCAUUCAUACUCAUCGUUGCCUGAACAAGCAACAAACAACACCACAACCAUACACGACUCUUCAGCACCUCUCGACGAGUCACCGUCUAACCUAUUUUACUUUAUUCAGGUCUCUGAUCUCCACAUCUCAAAGUUCCACAAAGAAGGCCAUACCAAUCACUUUUUGCAUUUUCUACAAUCGGUUCUGCCCAUCACCAGCCCUGAAUUCGUGGUCGUCACAGGCGAUCUCACCGAUGCGAAAGAUGUCGAUAUGAUCAAAACUCAGCAGUAUUUGGAAGAAUGGGAGAUCUACAAAACGGCGGUGGAAGAGUCUGCCAGCAGUCUCCCUUGGUACGAUAUGCGAGGAAAUCACGAUUGUUUCAACCUUCCUUCCUGGAAAUCGAACCAAAAUCUAUAUCGCACGCACGGUAAAAGUGCCUAUCGCUUGGAAGGCAACAAUGGCGUCUAUCGUUGGAACGUGAAAAAACCAUAUGGCACGUAUCAGUUUGUGGCCAUGGAUGCCUGUCCAAAGUUCGGCCCUGCACGGCCUUUCAAUUUUUAUGGUUAUCUGACGACGCCCUCCUUGGAUGAUCUUGAAAGCGCUGUCACCUCAUCACAGAAUAAUCAUACAUUCCUUUUUGCUCACUACCCUACGACAACCAUGGUGUAUGGCGUAUCCAGCCAGGGGCAAUCGCUCCGUGAUUUGGCUCGUUCUUACAGUAUCUAUUUUUGUGGCCAUCUGCAUCGUCUCGUAGGAGGUUUAGGUGAUGUGCUUAAAUCUUAUGAUUCUGCAUCCGGUACGCUUGAACUGGAAUUGGCCGAUCUGAAAGAUCACGGCGCCUACCGCAUUGUCGCUGUCGAUCAUGAUAUUGUUUCUUUCGUCGAUCUCGAGUUGCCGCUUUCUCAACUGACACCUUCCGAUCCCGUUCCCUUGACGAAAGAGAAGAAGAUUCAAUGGCCUGAAAAAAUUCAACUGGCUCCUGUCGUUCUUAUUACCAAUCCAAAGGACGCACGUUUUGCCAUGCCCCAUAAGGAGCCGUUGUCACGUAUUCAAUCCAGCAGCCAUAUCCGAUUUUUGGUCUUCUCCUAUGCGGAUCCCGUGGAUUUGCAAGUCACUGUUUCCAUUGAUGGGAAAACGCACCCCUUUCCCGCGUCAUUUACAGGCAAUAUGAUGGAUGGCCAAAAACGGUUGCCUCUGUGGACUUCGCCUUGGGAUCCAAACGAUUUUGACGACCUGGAAACACAUACCUUGCGUAUUCAAGUAAGAGCGCCCGAUGGCCAAAUGGGUGAAUCCACCAUCCACUUCCGAACCGAUAGUCAACGUAUCGAUAUCAAGGGUGGGUUUGGCGAAUGGGUCAUAGGAACUCAUAUGUCCGUCGUUUUUAAAUGUAUGACACUCAUGGGGCUCACGGUCAUGAUCGUCUUGCUUUUGGCUCCUAAACUGUACGCUGAAACACUUUCCGACGGUGGCGCAUGGAUACUAUUGAAACUACAUCAAAUUGAUGGUGAUCCAUUAGCUGGUCCCUAUGCACCAAUUUACCGUCAAAUUUACGUCUGGAUGUAUCGACUGGUUCGAUUACCUGAACAAUGGCCUCAGCUGUGGUAUACUAGCUUCAUGAUUGUUCUCGCUCUGACUUCCUUACCUUGGUUCCGUGCAGAACUUAUUCCAUCCGCCGCAACCACCGAAGAACGAUUUGGCAUGUUUUAUAUCUGGGGUUUCAUGUUCUCGGGCGAAUGGAUUCCGCUUGCAGAUACUUGGAUGUACGCUACAUUUCAUGUCUGUUAUGAUGUGGGCGUAUUCUUCCUACUGUUCGCAUGGCGCGCAUCUCAUUCUACCGAACUUCAUUGUCGUGGAUCUCAAAAAGCUCAGCAGUUAUCACGCCAGCUGAACGAACGGGGUUGGUUCAAAGGCCUGGAAGUUAUUUAUUGGCUGUGGCGCGUUUCAAAACUCCUGAGCAUGGGCUCCUUCUAUGGGGGUGUUUGGCCCGUUCUUAUCAUCAAUCUGCUGACGUUCUGGCUUGUUUUUGUGGGUUAUGUUUUGUUUUUUGGUCCGUCUGGUGUGUUCACGUCGGCGAAACAUCACUUCACUCGUAUUGAUCUUCUGAAUGACUGUUCUGGUUGCAAACAAGAACAACUGUAUCAAUCCGGUGGAGAAGAUCAUCACGAGGAAUUUCCCACCAGUAGCAGUACAUCCUCUUUAUCGAAUGGUAGCCCUAACAUCAAUACCCGCAGACGCAACUAAAGGGGUUCGAUUUUUUUUCUCCAAGCAGCAGGAUUUAUUACCCACCAUCAUCCCUACUUGUCAUUUUUUUUUCUUCUUGUUUUAAAAUACCCUCUGCUUUUUUUUUUUUUCUUCCCUCCUUAAAAAACCUUUUGCA